AUGUCUCCCAAUACCGCCAUCCGCGAUGAGCCGGAGCACAUCCGUACGCUCUUGACGCGCCUCCACGGUGAGUCAAAGGCCCAAGAAGCGUCGCUGUCGCGGGCAGACUACGACAAGGCGUUGAUCCACGAUGUGAUGCGCGACAAGUUCAUCGCGCUCGACGAGGACAAGGCGCACUACAUCUACCAGCUGUUGCGGGCGACGGAGGCGACCACGAUCGUGGAGGCAGGCACGUCGUUUGGUGUGAGCACCAUCUACUUGGCACUGGCCGCUCUGGCGAAUGCCAAGGCCGCAGGCGGUGGCAAGACGGCCCGUGUUGUGGCGACGGAGCACGAGCCGACCAAGGCGGCACGGGCACGCGAGCACUGGCAGCUGUGCGGCGACGACGUGGUCAAGGCGAUUGACCUGCGCGAGGGCGACCUGCGCGAGACGCUCAAGACGGAUUUGGAAGCGGUCGACUUUCUCCUUCUGGACAGUAGGUCACGAACCCCGAUUGCUGAGCCUUCUUUGCAUGAACUCUGGUUAUUCACACACACAGUCUGGACACCCAUGGCGCUGCCGACGCUCAAGAUUGUGCAGCCCAAGCUGCGACACGGCGCGCUGAUUAUUGCCGACAACACGGUCACGGCCAAAGAGAGCUACAAGGAGUUUUUGGACUACGUGCGUGCGCCGGGCAGUGGUUUCGUUGGCACGACGGUGCCGUUUGAAGGUGGCCUCGAGGUGCUUGUCUAUGCUCCAAGCCAGUAG